AUGUCUGGUGCAGUUAAGAACGAAGAGGCGCGAUGGACAAGAUCCGAGCGGAACACUAUUAUAGCUCAGAUUCGCCUGAGGGAUAUAUCUGUUCCGCUAUAUAAUCACUGCGGCAUAAUUUGUACGGCCAAUAAUGAAGAUGACAUGACUGUGAUUAAGAAGAAGAUCAGGAAAGCAAUGCUACGCUGGCACCCGGACAAAUUCAUCAAUAAUUUUGGCAGCAAGUUCUUCGAACCCGAGAGAGACGAUAUAAUUAAGGAAGUGAAUAGGGUGUCGCAUAUGGUCAAUAAGGACAAAGAACGAUUGGAGAAUACAAGCUAUGCAGGCAACUUUCCUUGGCGCUAUCGAUAUCGUUAG